AGUAAGUCGGAGGUCGUUUUUGAAAUGUUCGGAUUCAGUUUGAAUGCAACUGAAGAGGAGCUGUGUUGGUUUACGACACUUUCACAUUCCGCUUUACGGCAGAGAGCCGCUCAGUAGUGAGGCAUCCUUUCAUGAGGCAUGCGCAUCGGACUCCCCAGUGUUGACGCUGUUCAAGGACGAUCCUUCAAAGCCCUGCUGACGCUGCUCCUCAGUGCGUGGAUGAUCCAUCUGCUGCGCUCGGUCGGACUGAGGGCGUUCUCCAUGGCAUCUGAGUCGUACAUGUCGGGCACACACUCGGCCGCCUUCGUCACGUGUCCUAACGACACCGUGGCUAAAGACUUGGCCAGGGGGAUCGUUGAGAGGAAACUGGCUGCAUGUGUUAAUAUCAUCCCAGCGAUCAAGUCUGUGUAUGAAUGGCAAGGAAAAAUCGAGGAAGAUACUGAGGUUCUGCUGAUGAUUAAAACUAGAAGUUCCAAGAUCCCAGACCUGGCCACAUUUGUUCGCUCCAACCAUCCUUAUGAGGUGGCUGAGGUCAUCAGUGUGCCCAUCGACCAGGGGAACCCCCCCUACCUCCGCUGGAUCUCAGACGUGGUCCCAGAGUAAAGACGGACCGGCCAACUCUGACGGACGGCCGCAGUUUGAGUGACAGGUGUGACCUGUAGGGGGCGUGGUCAGCUGUUCACAGUCUACAGAGAACACAAGUGAAGAAACAGGAAACACAGACUACAUUCAUGAUGACGUCUGGAAAAGACAGUUUGAAAUAAACUAUAUUAUUUGUG